AUGUCCUAUGAUCGCUAUCUUGCCAUCUGUAACCCACUUCACUAUACAAAGUUGAUGAGCUGGAAUUGUUGCUUUAAGUUAAUCACUUGUACAUGGUUAUGGGGCUUCUUGUCAGCUGCUGCUUUGAAUUUGAUUGUAUCCACUUCUUUAACACUCUGUGGUCCUAAUCAUAUCGAUCACUUCUUUUGUGACUUGACACCCUUGUUGAAAUUGUCUUGCUCUGACACCCACCGAGCAGAAGUGGCUAUUUUUGUAUCAAGUUUUGCAGUGUCAAUGUGUCCGUUCAUCUUGACCAUCACAUCAUAUGUCUAUAUUAUAUUGACUAUUUUCAAAAUCCCAUCAUCCUCUGGAAAGAAGAAAGCUUUUUCCACUUGUAGUUCUCACCUUAUUGUGGUAAGUACUUUCUACGGGACACUGAGCAUUACGUAUGCAGUCCUCAUAGGGACAGAAUCAGUUGAAUCAAAUAAAAUACUUUCCCUACUGUAUACUGUCCUGAUUCCUAUGUUUAAUCCCAUUGUAUACAGCCUGAGAAAUCAAGAGGUUAAAGAAACUCUGAGUAAACUGUUUGGCAAUAUUUCAGCUUCCAUACACUGGUCCUAUGCUAUUCCAAACUAUUCAUCAUCUCCCUGUUCAAAAAGUUGGAUUGCUCAACUGGGACUUCUUGUGAGAAAGCUCAAUAUCAAAAGAACUGACUCUUCAUAG